CCCCGUGUCCGUGUAUGUGUGUGGCUGUGUUGAUGUGUGCUGCAUGUUUGCUGGUGACUCUCGGUGACUGGCCGACUGUGUGAAAAUCCCGUAUGCUAGUGUGUGUGUGUGUGUGUGUGUGUGUGUGUGUAGAAUACCUGAUGGAAGCCGACCGACCGUCAUCCGUUUCCGUCGGAUUCCGUGCCGUUUGUUGAGAUUGCGGGACCUGCUUGAGGGACCGAUCAAUACUAACGCCACGGCACCACCGGGUGUCGUCGUCAUCGCCCGAUCACGUCUCUGGUGCCCGUGACGGUGUGAAGUUCACAAGUGCCGGGGGUUAGCUGACUCUCGUUUCGGUGAAAGAAAACCCCUGCAGCGCACCGUGCAUCGUCAUCAACAACUAUCAACACCUCCAUCAGAAAGCCUCAAUCGCGGCCACCACCGAGUGUGCGUGUGUGUGUGUGCAUUUUGCGCUGUGCAUGCGUCUGCGGCUGUGCGCGCACGUUAGUGUUUGUGUGUGUGUGUGUGCAAGUGUUGUUUCACCGGCUGAUAAAGCGAGCGGUACAGAGAACAGCCUAGUGCGCCGCCCCACGAUCAACCUACUCUGGCGUUCGGACACGAACCCACACCCUCCUUAUCAACGAGAAAGGUUUUUUGGGUGACGAGAUGGAAAUUCUAACGCAGUCACAGGUGCACGGGCUUACCACCCCCACAACGGCCGCCCGCAAGAAGGAUGCCGAAGCGAAGGAAAACCUCUGGUCGUCCAUCCUGAGCGAGGUGCAAACACAGAGCAACACCAAGCUGCCGUCGAACAAAUCGGUGCUGGUGCUGGGCGAUAAUGCGAGCGGCAAAACCACCCUCAUCGCUAAGCUGCAGGGCGUCGAGGAUCCGAAGAAGGGUUCCGGCCUGGAAUAUGCCUACAUCGAUGUGCGAGACGAGUAUCGAGACGACGUGACGCGUCUCAGUGUGUGGAUUUUGGACGGCGAUCCAGGACACAACAAUCUGCUCAAGUUCGCCCUUAACGAACAGAACUUCCCGCACACGCUCGUCAUACUGACGCUCUCGAUGACGACACCGUGGAGCUGGGUGGAUCAGCUGCAACACUGGAUGAAGAUACUGGACGAUCACAUCGCUGGGCUAAAGAUCGAUCAAGAGGAAAAGCAACAGUGCCAGGCACGGUUAACGACCGAAUGGCAGAAUUACUGCGAAACGAUCGACGAUCUCGAUCCCGGGUCGCCGAUCAAGCGCACCAACCGGUUGCCCUCGGUGGACGACGAGCUGGACACGUUGCCGCUGCCGGAAGGCGUCCUCACGACCAACCUAGGCCUCGAUGUGGUUGUCGUCGUUACCAAGACCGACUAUAUGACCACGCUGGAGAAGGAGCUCGACUAUCGGGAUGAGCAUUUCGACUUCAUGCAGCAGUGGAUCCGACGGUUCUGCCUGAUGUACGGUGCGUCACUCUUCUACACCAGCGUGAAGGAGGACAAGAACUGCGAUCUGCUCUACAAAUACCUCACGCACCGAAUCUACGGCUUACCAUUCCGGACGCCCGCCCUGGUCGUGGAGAAGGAUGCGGUGCUAAUACCGGCCGGUUGGGAUAAUAUGAAGAAGAUUAGCAUACUGUACGAGAACAUGCAGUCCUGCAAACCGGACGAUUACUACAACGAUAUUAUUGCACAACCGCCUUCGAGAAAGACUGUAUCGAACCGUGAGAGCGAAAUUCAAACGGAGGAUGAGCAAUCAUUCCUUGCCCGGCAACAGCAGCUGCUACAGCAGGGCCAAACGCCAACGCGGGGCGAAUCGCCGCUCCGGUCGCAGCCGAGCAACGGUACGAAGAGCACCCAGCGGACGCCGGUGACCGCCGGUGCGCAGGGCUCACCAAAGAAGGUCGACGGUAAGCUUACACCCGGCACGCAGAGCGGCGAAGGUGUGCUGGCGAACUUCUUCAACUCCCUGCUGCACAAGAAGUCGGUUUCGCCCGGUUCGGCUGCGGCGGCCGCUGCCGCCGGUGGCGUCACCGGUACCGGCGGCGGCGUUGGUCCGCUCAGCGCAUCCGCCUCGCCCUCCUCACUGUCACCGCGCGUGAACGUCAUGAACGGUGGUGGUACGGCAGCGAUCGAGCCGGUGUCGGCAACCGACAAGAUAAGCAUGCGCACCGAUGCCGCCCUCGAGCUCGAUCGUCUCGCACGCAGCGUCAAAAAGGAUCUAGACUUCUCCGCGGCACAGUCGGACUGCUGAAUUGCGGAUGGUGGUGGUGGAAGGGGUGGUGGUAUCGUUUUUGGGGUGGGAACCGAGAGAGCGAGAGAGAGCUGAUGUGGGUUUACAGUUUUUGGAUUUUUUUUUCCAUUUUUGUGACUGGCCAUCGACCAAUUGGCCAUGCGUCAUCCAUCCAUCUCAGUGUGUGAAUGGGAUGGGGAAUGGGUUUUGUUUUCUACUUCUUCUACACAACUUUUUACACAUUUGUAGCAGCCGCAUUGUGUUGGUUUGAUUUGCAGGGUUUCGCAAUACUUUCAGAUAUGAAAUUUAUUUUUUAAUUUGAAUUUUUUAACUACCAAGGGGAACGGUUUUCCGUUUUGAACCUAUCGGCCGAGCAAGUGCCUGAAAGUAUGCAAUCUAAUGCUUCAACCCUCUGCUAACGAUACUAGCGCUUCGAUUGUAGAGCACAAAAUGGGCCUCCCACACACACACACACACACACACACAGUCCGUUCUCGGUGGAGUUGUGGAGUGGUGAGCCUUCCGUGUACUAUGUAUUUAUGUUUUGUAUCUGAUAAGCAUAAAAGUCAUACCAUCCAUCACACUCGCUCUCUCCACAGUAUUACGUUUACAAAAAGUCUCCGGCUCGAUGUUACCACCCGUCUGCUAGGAUUGUUUGGUUCUGGGUUCCUCCCCAUCCCCCACCUCCCCACAUCGCCCCCCCUCCCCCCCCCGAAUCACAAAACCUUCCCGCGUGGAAGGGGGGGGGGGGGGGGAGGGGGAAUAUACAUAUAUCAUUGUGAUAGUACGAAAUGGUGUUCGCGGUUUAGUUUGCUGGCGUAACGAACAUUUAAAAAAAAACAACAACAAAAUGGAGGACGUAAGCGUGAUUUGAAAACGUGCGUGUGUGCGGUGCGAACGGGAAGGAGGUAAAUUGUGGUUUGCUUUUAGUGCAAGCGCUUACCGCUUACGGUGUUUCUUUUUUGUUUGUUUUUUUCUGUUGGGAUUUUUGCAUUAUACACAGACACAGAAUGGUCUCUACAUUGGCUUAUCGUAUGUUGGCUUCCAUCCUAGCGUGUGUGUGUGUGUGUGUGCGCCGGGAAAAACCGUCGUGCUGUACCUGCCCAUACGGCGCGAUAUUUAUGCUAACUCAUGCUAGGACUACCACUCACCAAUCCCUUCCCCCCCCCCCCACGUACCCGUGCAAACCCCUUCCUCCUUUCCACCGCUUCCUCGCGAGCUACAGCGGGUCGAGCGGUGUGAGAAACAGAUUCCCUAGGAAUCUUGUCGUAAAGUUUGAGGCUUAUCACACACACACACACACCAAGCAGAAAUCGCAGUACCCUUAACACCCUAAAAGGAUGCGAGGGUUUUCUUCACCAGCCGUGGAAGCUCUAGGAAACCAGCUGGGUCAAACACGGAGCCAAAACCGUAAGGGCAAGGACAUGGGGCAGAAUCCUUUCCUGCAGGCAGCCUGCGGGAAUUGUAGGCAGAGAGAAACAAAAUGAAAUAGAAAAUAGGUGAAAACGAGAGAGAGAGAGAGAGAGAUAGAGAGAGAGAGAGAGCAGCAAAAUAAACACUGUGUGGACUCAAAGUGCACCCCAAAAAGAAAAGGCGCAGCAUAUAAUUAAAACUACUAAAGGGCAAAACGAGAUGCGAGAUUUAACGAAUGGCGUAACGGAUUGGAAAGACGUUUAGUACAGUAGUAGUUAAAGAUAAUAUUAAUACUAUAACAAAACAAAAAACAAAAAACAUAAACCAAGCAGUAGCGGCAGCAGCAGAAGGAAGCGCAUGCAAGCGAGCAGCAUUAAUACGCAUGCACCAAGAUGCAUCUCCUGCAUACGGAUAAAAAGAAAAAGCUCCUUAAUACUUACUCUUUAAAUAUAAAUAUAUAUACAAACACAAACACACACACAAGGCAAACCGUUCUCUGCCGUUCUGCUAUCCUUUCCCGGGCCCGAUCCUUCCCCGUUUCCCCAUUUCCCGUGGAAGUAUGAAAAUGGAGAGCAGCGGGAAAAUAUGUAUCGUCUUAUUUAUAAAAAAAAACACUAACUCUCCAUCGACGCUGCGGCAGGGCAUUGAUGGGCUAGAAAUGCAGGGACACGCAGCGUGCACCAAUCAGCAUCGGAAACAUUGGCCGUGCAGGGUUCGCUGCUGUGAAUCGAAAAGGCAGGAAUCGUAACGGAACAGCCGUUGUAGCGAUAUUAUUUAAAACCAGAUAAAAACAAACACACAUACACACAAAAAGACGGGCAAAUGAGGCGUGUGAAGAGUGUGCUCUGCUACGGUUUGCAGCUGAAUGCACGUGUUAGGGACGGUCGGCAAUCCUGAAAGAAAGCGGAAAAGCGAUGUGCAACAAAAAAAAUGCGAAGGCAAAGGAAGAAUUUCUGUUUUUCUGUUCUGUGGGAAUAAAAGCGCCACUGUACGCGUAUAACAUGCUAAAAAAAA